CAAUUUCUUCAGCCCUCGCCUUGCCCUAAGCUCUGGACUCAAGUCUUGGCGUUUAGGUCAUGGCAGUACCUAAUGCCAAUGAGUAUCACUGGCAGAGCCUGGCACGACUGUCCAGUGGGCGCGUCUAUCACACUCUGUCUGAGGUGGGGGGCCAGAUGUACAUGUUGGGGGGCUGCGAUGCUUCGGGGAGGCCUUGCCCUGCAUUGGAUCUCUAUUCCCCUGAGAGUGAUCGGUGGAUAAGUUUGCCCUCGAUGCCUACGCCUCGUGCUGGGGCAGCCGUUGCAGUGCUUGGAAAGCAGAUCCUGGUUGUGGGAGGACUGGGAGAGGACCAGGGACCCCUGAAGGUGGUAGAGAUGUACAACACAGAGGAGGGGAGGUGGAGGAGGAGAAGUGCUCUGCGGGAAGCACUGAUGGGUGUAUCCAUCACUGUAAAAGAUGGCCGGGCUCUAGCUGUUGGGGGAAUGGGUGCUGACCUCCUUCCUCGUAGCAUCCUGCAACAGUACGAUCUCCGGAAGGAUGUGUGGGCACUACUUCCUACUAUGCCAACCCCACGUUAUGAUGCCAACACACAUCUUAUUGGCAACAAACUCUACGUUGUUGGUGGCCGUCAGUGUAAGCGACCGGUGAAGGCUUUUGAGGUGUAUGAAACAGAAACACGCUCCUGGAAUUCCUUACCCAAUCUCCCAUGUAAACGUACAUAUGGGGGUGUUAUAUGGGACUCAUAUGGGAGACUGUGUCUGCUGGGGGGACUGCGGCAGGGUGGAGGGCACCAAAGCUCCAAAUUCACCAAGAAUAUCAACAUCUUUGAUACCAACCAAGGCACCUGGCUAAAGUCAGAGGAGAUGGUGGUUUUGAAAACAAAGAGAGCUGACUUUGCUACUGCUCUGCUGCGAGGACGGAUGGUGGUCGCUGGAGGACUUGGCCACGAACCCUCAGCUCUGGACACAGUGGAGGCCUUUCAUCCUCAGAAGAAGAAGUGGGAGAGGUUGGCUCCUAUGAACUUCCCCAGAUGCUCCGCCUCUUCCAUCGUGAUCAGAGAUCGCCUCUUGGUGGUGGGAGGAGUUAAUCAGAGCGUGGAUGGAGCUCCGUCGGUCUCCACAGUCCUCUCCACGGUCCUCUCCACCGGAGCCUCAGAGCCUCCUCAGUCCAUGCAGGGCGUCCUCUCCCCGGCUUCGAGCUCCACUGGUAACCGUGGAAGAUCCUCUGUGCUGCCGACUUGGGACUCGGACUCUGGAUCUCGGCCUUGCAUGCUCUGUGAGAUCCGAGCUCCGCUGGUCACCAUGGAGGAUCAUACAAGCUGCUGA